CCCUUUUCAGGACUACUUUUAGUCCACCACUACUCUUCUUUCUCUCUCUACUUUCUCUCUCUAAACUCCUGCUAAUUACCAGAUCAAUCACCAAAUUUUAGGUUUUCUUCUUCACUUUCCAUGCUGAUCUAACCUCUCUCACACACCUGCAAUCACACAAAUUCACACACACACAUAAAGUUUCAUGCAAAACCUAACAGAUUCCAUCUCAAAUCAGCUCAAAAUUGAUACAAUUUGAGCACGAUUUGUUGCUGUUCGAGGUUGACAGUUAGGGCAAUUCAUUGGCGAUUUGGCGCUCAAUCGUGUUUAAUUCAGGUUAAUUUGUGCAAUUGAGAAGGAGAUGAUGUUGAUUGUUACGGUGGAUGCUGGUACGUGAAUCAGUGAAUGCUUGAGAUUGUUGUUGCGAAUAGACCAUGAGUUCGGAUGUUAGUAGGACCGGAGGGCAAGUUGAAAGGGACAUUGAGCAGGCCAUUACUGCUUUAAAAAAAGGGGCUUAUCUUCUCAAGUAUGGAAGAAGGGGGAAACCUAAGUUUUGUCCCUUCAGGCUGGCUAAUGAUGAGUCUAUUCUUAUAUGGUUUUCUGGGAAAGAGGAAAAACAACUAAGACUAAGUCAUGUCACCAGAAUUGUAUCAGGGCAACGAACUCCAAUCUUUCAAAGGUACCCACGGCCUGAGAAGGAGUAUCAAUCGUUUUCGCUAAUAUACAACGAUAGGUCUCUGGAUUUGAUCUGUAAGGAUAAAGAUGAAGCUGAGGUAUGGUUUAGUGGCCUUAAGGCGCUAAUAUCACGUGGUCAUCAAAGAAAUUGGAGAACUGAACCAAGAAGUGAUGAAAUCCCAUCUGAAGCUAGUCCCAGAACAUACACACAAAGAAGCUCUCCUUUACAUUCUCCAUUUGGUAGCGGCAGUAGCUCACAAAAGGACACUAUUGAUCAGCUCAGCCUACACAGUCCAUUCGGAAGCCCUCCAAAAAAUGGUCUAGACAAAACAUUUUCAGACGAGAUUAUAUACAAGCUUCCUCCAAAGGGUUUCUUCGCACCCAUUUCCACAAACGGUUCGACAUAUUCAGUUUCGUCUGGCGGGUCAGACAGCAUGCACAACCACUUAAGGGGAAUGGGCGUAGACGCCUUCAGAGUCAGCUUAUCUAGUGCUGUGAGCUCAUCAAGUCAUGGUUCUGGCCACGAUGACGGAGACGCGUUAGGGGAUGUUUUCAUUUGGGGUGAAUGCACCGGUGACGGUGUUGUAGGUGGUGGACCCCACAAAGCCAGCAAUUGUCUCGGUACAAAAAUUGAUUCUUUGUUACCUAAAGCCUUGGAAUCUGCAGUAGUCCUCGAUGUUCAAAACGUUGCUUGCGGCGGAAGGCAUGCUGCAUUAGUUACAAAACAAGGAGAAAUGUUUUCUUGGGGUGAAGAGUUAGGCGGUAGGCUAGGGCACGGGAUCGAUUCAGACGUUUUACAUCCAAAGUUGAUCGAUUCCCUUAGCAAUACAAACAUCGAGCUUAUAGCGUGCGGCGAGUAUCACACGUGCGCCGUUACCCUUUCCGGUGAUCUCUACACAUGGGGUGAAGGGCAUUUUGGGAUUUUGGGACAUGGGAAUGAAGUUAGCCAUUGGGUUCCAAAGAGAGUAAACGGUCCAUUAGAAGGUAUUCACGUUUCCUUUAUAUCAUGUGGGCCAUGGCAUACAGCUGUCGUGACGUCAUCCGGUCAGCUUUUCACUUUUGGUGACGGGACUUUCGGUGUUUUAGGACACGGUGAUUGUAAAGGUGUUUCGAUACCACGAGAAGUCGAGUCACUAAAAGGACUACGUACCGUACGAGCCGCUUGUGGCGUUUGGCAUACCGCUGCAGUUGUAGAAGUUAUGGUUGGUAAUUCGAGUUCCAGUAAUUGUUCUUCAGGAAAACUGUUUACAUGGGGAGAUGGUGAUAAAGGUCGAUUAGGGCAUGGUGAUAAAGAAAGUAAAUUAGUACCAACUUGUGUUGCUGCACUCGUGGAGCCGAAUUUCUGCCAGGUGGCGUGUGGACAUAGCAUGACUAUCGCCCUUACCACUUCCGGUCACGUGUAUACGAUGGGCAGUCCCGUUUACGGUCAACUUGGAAACCCUAAAGCUGACGGGAAGGCCCCGUAUUGCGUUGAGGGUAAGCUUUCCAAGAGUUUUGUAGAGGAAAUAGCUUGUGGGGCCCAUCAUGUUGCGGUGUUAACUUCAAGAACAGAAGUUUAUACAUGGGGAAAAGGAGCUAAUGGUCGAUUAGGUCAUGGAGAUACAGAAGACAGAAAUUAUCCGACUUUAGUAGAAGCUUUAAAAGAUAAACAAGUUAAAGGUAUUGCUUGUGGUACUAAUUUUACUGCAGCUAUAUGUCUUCAUAAAUGGGUUUCGGGAAUCGAUCAGUCUAUGUGUUCGGGGUGCCGUUUACCGUUUAAUUUCAAAAGAAAACGCCACAACUGUUACAAUUGUGGUCUUGUUUUCUGUCAUUCAUGCAGUAGCAAGAAGUCACUCAGGGCAUCUAUGGCACCGAAUCCCAACAAACCGUAUCGCGUUUGUGAUAAUUGUUUCAAUAAACUGAAGAAAGCUAGUGAAAACGAUGGCUCCUCACACUCUUCUGUGAGUAGAAGAGGAAGUAUAAAUCCAGGUUUAAAUGAGCAAAAUGAAAAAAAUGAUAAUUUGGAAUUACGAUCUCGUCCUCGUCUAGACAGAUUAGCUUCAAUGGAACCAUUGAGACCAACCGAAAACUAUUCAUCUAGAAGAAACAAAAAACUAGAGUUUAAUAGCAGCCGUGUGUCGCCUAUUCCUUCUGGAAACUCUCAAUGGGGAGGUCUCAGUAUCUCCAAGUCUUUUAAUCCAGUUUUCGGUUCUUCUAAAAAGUUUUUCUCGGCUUCCGUCCCGGGCUCGAGAAUUGUUUCUCGGGCCACAUCACCUGUAUCCAGGCGGCCCAGUCCGCCACCUCGGUCCACCACGCCAACACCAACUUUGGCUGGACUAUCUUCACCCAAGAUCGUCGUGGAUGAUGCUAAGAGGACCAAUGAUAACCUAAACCAAGAAGUUACUUCACUAAGAGCACAGGUUGAAAAUCUUACCCGUAAAAUCAAACUUCAAGAAAUAGAAUUGGAAAGAACUUCUAAACAGUUGAAGGAGGCAAUGACAAUUGCAGGAGAGGAAACCUCAAAAUGCAAGGCAGCAAAAGAAGUGAUCAAAUCACUUACCGCACAACUCAAAGACAUGGCAGAAAGGCUGCCAGUGGGAGCUGCACGCGACCUUAAAUCUCCUUCCUUCACAUCUUUCAGUUCUAAUCUUGCUUCAAGUGAUGUCUUAUUAAAUGCUUUAGUUGACCAGCCGAAUGGUCAAGGUCAAACACCAUCAUAUAAAGAACCUGAUUCAAGUGGUACAAACACCCCAUUAGUAUUAAAUGGAUCAAGCUCUAUCAUAAACCGCGGGUCAGCCCAGAACAAAGCGGUUCAAUCAGAAGCAGCAGCGAGAAAUGGUAAUAGAAGCAAAGACGGUGAAGAUGAAUGGGUUGAACAAGACGAACCCGGUGUUUAUAUUACACUAACGUCUUUGCCUGGAGGUAUUAUAGAUCUUAAGCGGGUCCGCUUCAGCCGGAAACGAUUCAGUGAGAAACAAGCAGAGCAGUGGUGGGCUGAGAAUCGUGCCAGAGUUUAUCAGCGAUAUAAUGUCCGAGUGGUUGAUAAAUCAAGCAUAGGCGUUGCAAGCGAUGACCUGGCACAGUGACACAUCACAUAUGUAAAUGGAUUUUUUUACCGAUUCUUGUUAUUCUUGAGUGUCGCGUUGGUUUGAAUUGUCGUUAGUUGGAAGAAAAGGUUUCGUAUAACGUGAAGAGAUCGAUUUGGUUGUGAUUCUGUCUUCCGUUGUUUCCGGUUUUUAGGGUUGAUGAAUAUGUAAAUUCAUUGUAGGUUUUUCAGAAAGCUGCUACAGUGUAUAUUUUGACUUUUCUUUUCUUAGCUUCCAAAGUUGUCACAUAUCUCCAAAUAUUUCUGAUUGCUUGUAGUUUGCUAUCAACUAA